CCCAUUCAUCCCUAGCGCGCAAAGGGACCUUCACCAGGUAUCCUUGACUGCCCCCCAACUUGGCCAUCCCGGCCCAGCCUAUCCCAUUGCCCAUCGCAUCCUAGAAGCCGCUAGGAGGGCGGCGGUAUGCUCACCAGAGACCUGCCUCUAUCUGCGUCUACUCGGCGGUGCGGCUUAUUACUUACAUCCACUCCUCCGCAGUAUCUAGACCAGGCUCCAUUCCACGUUCUCCUUCCACCACAUUCGACAUCUGUCCGUCUUUUCUGCUUCGCCAUCCAGUCGGUCCAGAGGUUUACAGGAAUAGGAAGCAUUUCUGGUUCGCUUUCACCGUGGCCGAGAAGGCUAUGCACUCGCCUCCGUCACCGCUUCUAAUCACACCUGGAUCCGGUCCGCUUCAUGUUGCACCGUUCGUCCCUUCGCAAUCGCAAAGUUCAUGCAUCAGACGCAACAACAAACGCUACAAUACCCUCAUCAACCUCCCUAGCAACACUGUGCUAGUCUUCGAUCAACCGAUAAAGUGCGCUGCUUCAGCCUCGAAAUAGUCAUCAACGACUUUGCCAUUGGGACAGUUAGCCGAGCCGAUUCUUUGCACGAAAUUCGACCCGCCCGCUACGUCACGUCUCGACCUUCGACGACGCAUCCUUUUCCUCGCUCGUCGUGCCCUCCGCGGAGGUCGACGGGCGUGGAUUGCUCCAGUCCAUCAUGAGCCUCUAUACUGAGCCACCCGAGUUGCGCAGUUCCUCGCAGGACAAGCCUUCGCUAUUGGUUUGUUGGUGGAUAACGUCAUUCUGCACUGUUAUUAUCCUACUGCGGGUUGCCGGCCGCUUCAUUCGAACCGAAAAACUAUUUCAAGAGGACAAGGUCGCAGCACUCGCCCUGAUCCCUCUAUGGCUCCGCAUGGGUUGCGUGCAUUUUGUCUUGCUCUACGGGACUAACAAUGCCGAAUUUGACGGCAUCACAUUAUCCGCGGAAGUUGAGCGCAGGAAGGAAAUCGCAAGUGGUCUCGUGCUUGCCAGCCGAAUCUUCUACGCAGCAACACUGUGGAUUCUCAAGAACACUAUUUUAGAGUUCUUCAAGCGUCUGACUGGCGUCACUUGGGCACGUUCCUACGAACAGACGCUGGUGUUCAUCAGAUGCACCUUGGUCGCAACCUUCAUCGCCAUUAUCAUUAGCGAUUUGGCGGAAUGUCGGCCUUUCAAUCACUACUGGCAGGUUACACCUGACCCGGGUGGUCAAUGUCGCCAAGGGUUCGCUCACCUCCUCACAAUGGCGACUUGUAACAUCAUCACCGACUUGCUACUGGUCUUCUUUCCGAUUCCCAUUAUUCUGCGCAGUCAGAUGAAUGUGAAGAGAAAGAUUCAGCUCACCCUGCUCUUCUCGCUCAGCCUGGCUGUCGUCGGUGUUACUAUUUAUCGUGUCCCCCAUGUUAUGAGGGCACAUGGCAAACAGCAGCUGCGUUCCGUACUGGCAUCCGUUGAGCUCCUUUUCGCAACAACGGCUGCAAAUGCCCUAGUCUUGGGCUCAUUUGUUCGUGAUCGCGGCUUGAAGAAACAAAAGUUCAAGUACGGUUCUGUGGCAGAAGAUUCAAUAGAUCGCAGAGGCUCCGACUCGCGCCGUCCCACUCUCCAUCGUCAUUGGGGAAGUGAUGAGGAUCUAGUCCGAGAUGUCGGCCUUGGUGUUGAUCCUGACCUACGAGAACGCGAUGAGGAACGAGACGAGUUCGACAACGAACAACAACGGUACACUCCCGCACCAAUGGCCAAACCGUUUGGCGAGGAGCUGAGACAGUGGCAAUUCCCUCAGCGGCAACGAAGCAAUGCCGAACGCAGCGACGCUUCUCUAUUACCCCACGACCUUUCUUCCUCAAGGAGCAACUCGACCACGACACCGCGCAGGGUUUCCUUUUUCGACGUCGGGGGUUUGUUAUCAGAGGAACAGCUUGGAGUCGGCCAGACAUUCCGCAGGGACAGCAUUGUCUCAAGCGUGGACCCUAUGGUAUCUAGCGUCCACGGUGUCCCGUCACCCACUUUACCCGCUGGAUCGAAUGGUCUACGUCGCGGAUCAACAGCACUCUUGCAAGAUCUUGGCGGACUUUUGGGGCCCACGAAACCGUCGCGACAAAGAUCCAGGACCGGCACGGAAUUGCAACCCAUUCCUCAAUCGCAACACGACGACCAUCCAUCUUACAACCCUCGCCCCGGCGAGCCAACACUUAUCGAUCCUGGUGGCUUACUCAAGUAGUUUGGCAACAACUACUACGCAGAAGCUGACCUGUGAUACACCACACAACCACCUAAUCACAACACAUCACGACCACGAAACCACGACUAUAUUUUAUGAGACAGUAUAUGUAUAUGUAUAUUGACGAUCUCAGCGACAUUGCUGGGGGCUCUUUUUGGACAUGAGGAGUUAUAGAGGUUUAGAGCCUUUGGCCGGCGUUUCUAUAGGUCAAUGGGGAACCGGAUACGACCAUACUUACGUUUUGGAAUUUUGGAGGAAAGGACUAUUUACGAUCAACGGGAAAUGGGCGUUGGAGGAAAGCCCCGGAGCGGCCUUCACGAUGAUAUCUGAAUGCCGUCGUCUUUUUGCUUCGCUGUUUACCGUUAUAUAUACCCCGGCGCAAAUAGCCGUCAUGUUUUGUACCUGAACAACUUGUUCCAAUAUCAUCACCAUCUACAAAUG